CGGAGAAUAGACGCCUAAACCCGUCGCAUCUUUUGAUCUACGAUCACCGUCGUUCACUGAACAUUGCUCGCGGAUCUACAAUUGCACUUGUUAACCGAGCCGGUUUGUCGGACUCAGCGAUACAUAGACUCGCUCGACCAACUUGAAGCAUUGAUCUUCGCUCACAUUUUUGGUCCAGGGGCAGGCAGAACUCAUGUCGAUCCUUCAAAGCACUAAUAAAAGAGCACUCCGCAAGGCGAUAACCACGACCCUUCGGGAAUUAUCCCAGUCUGAUAUUCAAUCCCAAUCACAGGCCAUCACCGAAAAAGUACUGUCGCUGCCUGCAUUCCAGCAAUGCAAGACUGUCAGCUGUUAUCUUAGUAUGCCGGCAGCCGAAGUUCAGACGACUUCUUUGAUCUUGAACAUUCUUGGAGAUUUACGGAAGACUCUAUUCGUUCCUAGCAUCACAUCCAGCGAUGGCCACAUGGACUUUGUACGAGUAUACACCGAAGACGACUAUCGCAGCUUUCCAUCUGGUUUAUGGGGUAUUCCGGAACCAACGCCUGAGUGGUCGAAUAAAAAACGCCAGAGUAUUUUCGACGCAGACUGUAAUGAUUUGGAUCUAAUCCUCGUGCCAGGUGUUGCCUUUGACCGUUCGCUCUCGCGGCUUGGGCAUGGAAAGGGCUACUACGAUCAAUUCAUAUCAUCAUAUUCUUCCUCUACCGGGCGAUCAAAGCCAUUACUAGUCGCUUUAGCUUUGGAGCAGCAACUUUUGGAACAUGGACAAGUGCCGAUGCUGGACCAUGAUUGGAAGAUGGACGUGAUUAUCACACCUGACGAGGUCAUCACUGCACCUCAAGAUGGAUAUUAAGAUCCGUGAAU